GCUCACACCAACCAUUCCUUCAUCUGCUUCUGUUGGUUUCGUGUAGGAAAUUGCCAGGAUGGCCUUUCCUCUAUUGUACUAAAAAAACCGCUUCUUUUGCGCUUAACAAACUUCAUUCAUUCAUUCACUCACCUACUCUUUCUUUUCAUUUUUUUUUCUCUCAAAGAAGCAAGCAAAAAUUUUAGGGAGCACAACUUCCCCCCCCCCCCAGUUUCGCUGUUCAGUGACAAUGGCGAUUGUGAAUAUGGUGAUGGCUGUGGUUAUCAUGGCAGCGACCCUCGGAGGGAAAUUGGGUGCAGCACAAGUACACCAUGUGGUCGGAGGUGACCGUGGGUGGGACCUUUCCUCUGACGUGGCAUCUUGGUCCUCCGGUAGGAGCUUCAGGGUUGGAGACAAAAUCUGGUUCGCCUACGCCGCAGCACAGGAGAGCAUUGCUGAGGUGAAUAGCCCGGAAGAAUAUGAGUCGUGCGAUGUGAGCAACCCCAUAAGAAUGUACACGGACGGCAUAGAUGGCAUCCCACUGGAUGGGGAAGGGAUCCGUUAUUUCGUAAGCGGCAAGGAAGAGAGCUGCAAGAACGGUCUAAAGCUACACGUGGAGGUGAUGCCUUUUGGGAACCCCGAGCCCGAAAAGCCCAGAGUUGCAGUGGCUGCUGCAGCGCCCACCACUCCUUCUGGAUCAGCCCGGCUUUACGGAAGCUCCGUGUUAUUAUUGGUUGGGUUAUGGCUUUGCCAUAUGGCUAUUUGAUUGUACCAGUUAUGACCUCUCUGCACUCUUUUUCCUCUUUAGACUUUACCUUCUGCUUUAUAUUGUUGUACGAGAAUCUACUUUAAAUUUCAAAUUAUGUGUAUCACUUGAUAUCUUCAAGAAUUGGCCUUGAAGGACCAUAAUAUUAGAUUAUGAAAAUGUUGCUUCA